CUGACAGAGUCAGUUGGGGAGAGACAUAUCGUACGCAGGAAAAGAAAGAGGACAGAGACUUGACAGAGAGGUGCCAACAGCACUGAGAGCAUAUUCGUUGAGAUUCAACAUUAACAGAUAAACAGUAGGGAGAAAAUAGCAUAUUUGUAGUAAAGGGCCAGGACAUCUGACAGAAAGACAGAAGCAGACACAGGUCUGUUCAUCAAAACCUGUGACUGACUGAGUUCAGACCAGAUUCACAACAGACACUCAUCAGUUUACUUUGUGAAGAUAGAGACGCAAGAGACAAACUGAAAGAGCCAAAUAUGGCCCAAAUCAUCACAGAAGACAUGCCACGGCACUUUCCUAAGAUCUCGCUGAGUGAUGUGGAUGAGAAGGUGCGGCUGCUGGCGGAGAAAGUAUACGCCUCUGCCCUGAAGGAAGAAGACACUAAGGAUGCCCUGGCCCUGUUCACCGUGCCAGAGGACUGUCCCAUUGGCCUCCAUGAGGACAGGGAGCGUGAGCUGCAGAAGGAGCUGGCUGAGCAGCAGUCUGUGGAGUCCACCAAGAAGAAGAACAGUUUUAGGAUGAAGCGCUCCCAGUCAAUGUCGCUGCAGAUACCAGUCUGUGCAGACUGGGCCCUGUCUGUGAUCAGCCCCAUGCUCUCCCCAGUUACACCAGAGCCGCUUCCGCCAGACACCUUCCCCGACUUCCAGAGAGUGACCAUCAGUGGAGACUACUGUGCAGGGAUCACAGUUGAGGACUAUGAGCAGGCAGCCAAGAGUCUACUGAAAGCUCUGUUCAUCAGAGAGAAGUACUCCAGGUUAGCCUACCAUCACUUUCCCAGGACUGCCGCCCGCUUCCUACGCAGCUCUGAGAACCAGACAUGGAGGGAGGAGGAUGAGAUCUUGCCAGAUAUCUGCCCUUGCCCUCGUGAAGGGGAGGACCCUUACUCCAUGGAGGGCCUCCCAGAGGACCUGAACUAUGAGCUGCAGAUGAAGGAUGGCAUAGUCUACGUGUACAGCAAUGCCGAGGCCCUGAAACAACAGCAACCUCACAGCCUUCCAUACCCUGACCUUGAGACCUUUGCCAUUGACCUGAGCCAUGUCCUCGCCAUGAUCGCUGAUGGGCCAACGAAAACAUACUGUCACAGACGGCUGAACUUCCUGGCCUCCAAGUUCUACCUCCAUGAGAUGCUGAAUGAAAUGGCAGAGCUGAAGGAGCUGAAAAGCGUUCCACACAGAGACUUCUACAAUGUCAGGAAGGUGGACACACACAUCCAUGCAGCCGCCUGCAUGAACCAGAAACAUCUCCUGCGGUUCAUCCAGAUCACGUACAAGACAGAGGCGGAUCGUGUGGUUCUGGAGAAAGGUGAUCAGAAGAUCACCCUUAAGCAGGUGUUCAACAAGCUCACAAUGGACCCGUAUGACCUCACUGUGGAUUCACUGGAUGUGCACGCUGGAAGACAAACAUUUCAUCGGUUUGACAAGUUCAACUCCAAAUACAACCCUGUGGGAGCCAGUGAACUCAGGGAGAUUUACUUGAAGACAGAUAAUUACAUCAAAGGAGAAUAUUUCGCACGGCUCAUCAAGGAAGUGGCUCACGAGCUGGAGGAGAGUAAGUACCAGCAUGCUGAGCCCCGUCUAUCCAUCUACGGACGCUCUCCGGAUGAAUGGGAGAACCUGGCCAAAUGGUUCAUCCAGCACAAGGUCCACUCCCCCAACAUGCGCUGGAUGAUCCAAGUUCCCAGGAUCUAUGACAUUUUCAGGUCAAAGAAGUUAGUAACAAACUUCGCCAAGAUGCUGGAAAACAUUUUCCUCCCUCUCUUUGAAGCUACAGUCAAUCCACAGAAGAACAAAGAGAUACAUGUGUUCCUGAAAUAUUUGACAGGUUUUGACAGCGUGGAUGACGAGAGCAAACACAGCGACCACAUGUUCUCCUACAAAAGCCCCAAGCCAGAGGAGUGGACCACUGAGGACAACCCUCCCUACAGUUACUACCUCUUCCACAUGUAUGCCAACAUCAUGGUACUCAACAACCUGCGCAAGGAACGGGGGUUUAACACCUUCCAGUUUCGUCCCCACUGCGGCGAGGCCGGCUCCAUCACCCAUCUCGUCUCUGCCUUCCUCACAGCAGACAACAUCUCCCAUGGCCUCAACCUCAAAAAGAGUCCUGUUUUGCAGUACUUGUACUACCUGGCCCAGAUCCCAAUUGCCAUGUCCCCACUGAGCAACAACAGUCUUUUCCUGGAGUACUCCAAGAACCCGCUACGAGAGUUUCUCCACAAAGGCCUGUGUGUGUCGCUGUCCACCGAUGACCCCAUGCAGUUCCACUACACCAAGGAGGCCCUGAUGGAGGAGUAUGCUAUUGCAGCUCAGCUGUGGAAGCUGAGCACCUGUGAUGUGUGUGAGAUAGCCAGGAACAGCGUGCUGCAGAGUGGCCUCUCCCAUCAGGAAAAGAAGCAUUUCCUUGGUUCCAACUACCUGCAGGAUGGACCGGAUGGAAAUGACAUUCGACGAACCAACGUGGCGCAAAUCCGUAUGGCCUACCGCCAUGAGACGCUCUGCAAUGAGCUCAGUUUUCUGGUGGAUGCCGUGAAGACAGAAGCUACCACGAUGCCUGCAGAGUGACGGACCACAUAGGACAAAACUGUCUUCAUAUCCACUUAGCUGCAAAGGAUUUGCUGUGGCUUCCAUGCUUGAACAAAGCCUUCCUUCAUUCAAAAUAAUUUUGAGAGAUAUUCAAGAAAACUGUGAAAACACUCAACUAUUUCCAAAAAAAGGAACUGUGUCUAUAGCUGCUGGAUGCACCCUCAGGACAAUCUGUUUCUCGGACACCUGGCCUCGAUUUUUAGAUUAGUUCCAACGAAAAACCGGCACCGGAAAUUAACAGCAGCUCAUAUGCAGAGCAAGUCCCAGACAACUGCCUCCCCCACCAGGGGCAUAAAACUGAUAUUACACAGGACAGGGUGAAAAAUCAUUUUAACUGCACUGCAAAACAAUAUUUAAGCUUUUCUCUUUCAAGUUUUAAUUUGCAUGUUCACACAACAUGGCUGAUGAAUGUCUUUUAUAUCAGAAUAAAGUCAUUUGAAUUACGCAG